UUCCUGCAGACUUCUCCAGUGUACUCCGCACAAGGCUCAUGUCUCCUCGGCAUUGUCAGCUCAUUCUCCACCCAAAACUUGUUGUGACACAUCUGCUUCACAUUGUGGAGACUGCCAUUUGGAUUUGUCUGCCCCUUCGCCUUCCUAUCUCUGCUUUUCCCACAAAACCCACUUCUUGGCUUCUACUAAAAACCUUGUCGACUUUUCCUGCUUCUUUCAAGAUGUCAGCUUUGUUGCAACUCUGUUCCUUCCUACAAUUCUUAUAGCAGAGGGAAAUCAUGGAUCUACACACAGAGGCUGAAAUCAUAACACAUGAAUUUAGAUUUGGAAGGCUGAGCCUAAACUAAAAAGAAUUGCUUUACCCAGAAAUGGCGGAAUGGAUCCAUGUUUUGUGCAUUUUAAUUUUUUUUGUACAUUUGGCAAAAACAGAAUCCUAUAUCACUUUUAUGAGCGACACAGAACUGAACCACCUAACCGUUAAUGAAAACACCGGUUUUGUUUACGUAGGAGCCGUUAAUCAUUUGUACCAGCUUAGUGGGGAACUAGGGUUGCUUUUCAAUGUCUCAACUGGACCAAAAAAGGAUGACAAAAGAUGUACACCUCCAAUUGAUCAAAACCAAUGUCCAAAUGCUUCUCCUAGCAACAAUUAUAACAAGCUGCUUUUACUAGAUGUGCCAAAAGAAAGGAUAGUUGUAUGUGGAAGCCUAUUCAAAGGAAUUUGUUCUUUAAGAAAAAUUCUCAAUAUCUCAGAAGAGAUUUCUUAUGAUGACAGCAGAGGAGAGAAGUCUUUUGUUGCCAGCAACGAUGAGAAGGUAGAAACUGUAGGACUAAUAGCAGACAUGCAAGAUAAUGGACCACGAGUUCUCUUCGUUGGGAAGGGCACAAGUCAGCAUGACAAUGGGAUAAUUAUCAGCACACGAAUACUUGAUGAAAUGGAGGAUAAAGGCCCUUUUGAAACUUUCCAUGAUUCUGCUAACUUAAAAUAUGGCUCGGCCUCUGCCAACACACAGCAGUUUAUCACCGUCUUUGAAGAUCCUAAUCGUGUCUAUUUCAUUUCCAGUCGGUUGGAUAAAACCUUACAUAAAAAACGCACGCUAAUUACCCGAUUGUGUAAAUCGGAUUAUAACUAUUUUUCCUAUGUUGAGAUGGAUCUUGGCUGCAAAGAUGAGAACAACAUUCCUUAUAAUAUCUGCACUUCUGCUUUCCUUGCCAGUCCGGGACAGGAGCUGGCUGAUAUAAUGGGCCUGUCCAUUGACGAGGAUAAGGUUCUUUUUGGAGUUUUCAACACUUUUGUCAAUAAUAAAGAGAAAUCUGCUGUAUGUAUGUUUCCACUGAGUAGAAUUAAUGAGAAAUUUGAACAAAAUCGUGAAGAAUGUUACACCAGCUCUGAAGAAUCUGUAAACCAAGAUGGCGAGUUUAUAUUUACAAAGCCGUUUGGUGAUAAAAUAGGUUGUGGAAAACAGUCUCCAGGAGGGGAGUCGGUGAAAUAUCCAUGUGGAUCAGAGCACUUGCCUUACCCACUACAGAGCAGAAAUGGUGUUACUGAAAAUGCUGUGCUUGUGCGGGAGAUUAACCCCUUUACAUCUAUAGCAGUGUCUGUUGAGAAUGAGCACACUAUUAUGUUCCUUGGAACAGCUGAAGGAAAACUGGUGAAGGCUUAUCUAGGGAAAUCUGCAAAUGAGUACAGGACGGUGCCCUUUCCUACCACAAGUAGUGUGAAGAAUGGAAUGGUUUUUGAUUCUGCCAAGAAACAUCUUUAUGUAAUGACCAAAAAAAAGGUGCAUCGUGUUCCUGUUCAGGAAUGUGAACGACAUUUAGACUGCAAUGAAUGUAUUCAGGCCAAGGAUCCCUACUGUGGCUGGUGUGUCGUAGAAGGAAAAUGCUUAAGAAAAACGCAUUGUGCACGAGCUAAUGAUGCAAACCACUGGCUCUGGAGUCCUGGAGGUGUUUGUAUGAAAAUUGAAAGUGCCAGCCCAAGUAAUAUGAGUAUUAAUAAACUUGUUGAUGUUAAAUUAACUGUGGUGCCACCAAUAAAACUCAAUGAUGGUGACAAGCUAAUAUGUGGUUUUGGAGGAAAUGUCCAGCCAGCCAAAUUGGAUGAGGAUGGAAGCAUUUCAUGUCCAGGUCUAGAAACUGUCCCAUCUACAAAACGUGGACAAGAUUUUGUGGAUGUUGCUAUAACCCUUCACUUUAUAAAAGACGAGAAUAGCGUGUUCUUUGCUAAUUAUUCCUAUCAGUUAUAUAACUGUAAAGAAUCAGCUUACAUCUCUGAAAAUGUGCCGUGCAGUUCUUGUGUGAAUGCUGAGUGGAAAUGUCAGUGGGAUGUAGACUUGCAUGAGUGUGUUGACUUUCCAAGUUCUAAUCCAAACACCAUCAGUAUGGAAGGUAACUGUCCACAGUUCUACGACCCGAAGCCACAAUUUAUCCCAAUGAAUAGGGAGACUAUCAUCACUUUUAGUGGGAUGAAUCUUGACCUUUUGCAGUCCGAAACCUUUGCUGCUGGCAACGAUAAUCUAAAGCUGAGGUCCUCUGUACAAAAAGAAGAUGACACAUUCUCACUCACCCUUCCACCGUUCUCAAUUCAAGAUAAAGAGAUCGUCCCUCUGGAUAUAUUCAUUUUAAACAAAGAGAAUGACAAGAAGGUUGAUAGCAAGCUGAAUGUAAAAUUAUACAAUUGUUUUUUUGGAAGAAGUGACUGUAGCUUGUGCCUGGCUGCUAAUGUGGAAUACGAUUGUGCCUGGUGUGACAACAAAUGUGCUUAUAAACCUACGUGCAAUAAUUCACCUGCUUCAGAAUGUCCUGCUCCCGUCAUCACAGAUUUUCAGCCAAAAGCUGCACCUUUGAAUGGAGGCAUAUUGCUGACUAUAAUGGGCUCUAAUUUGGGGGUAAAAUCUGAGGAUAUAGGACAAAUUUUGGUAGCAGGUGUGGAUUGCACAUUUAAGCCUGACAUGUAUGCCGUUUCUACCAGGGUUGUAUGUGAGGUGGGACGAGCGGCUAAUGAAAAAGCGGGAAACAUUCAGAUACAAGUGAAAGGGAAGGAAGGAGUGUCACCGGACAUUCUUACAUUUACAUACCAGAUUCCACAACCUACUUUGGUAACGCCAACUGAAGGCGUGCUUGCUGGAGGCACCUACAUAACAAUAAGUGGAAAGCUGUUGGAAACCGGAUCUAAAAGUGAUGUCCGAGUGACUCUUGAUGACAUCAAUUGUGAAGUCAUCGCAUUUGGUGAAGACAUAGUUUGUGUUACAGGUGCAGGUAAGAAGGAAGGAGUUGUCAAAGUCAAGUUGCAUUACGGCAAUCACAUGGAGAUAGAGGCUGAGCAAUUCUAUUACAGAAGCAACCCAUCUAUCAACCAAUUUUACCCUGAUCGAAGCUUUGCCAGUGGAGGAAGAAAUAUUACCAUAUCUGGUAUGGGAUUCAAUCUUGUUCAGAACUUCAGCAUGAUGGCAAUGUCACGAUCAAGAAGAGAGAAGAGACAGGUGGAUGGAGACAGUGCACAAUUAAUCGAAAAGCAAGACAUCCUUGAGAGAGUCAAUGACACGGUAAUAAUAUUCUCCUCUCCACAAGUGUUGGAACAUCACCUGAACUCUGAGGUUAUCUGUCGGAUUAAAAUGGAUGGCUUUGAAACACCGCUACAGACAGCUGAACUUUCUUUCAAUUACAUGUCUGAUCCCACUUUUGAUAACUUCACAGAUGGUAUAUUGAAGCAAGUGAAUAAUCUAAUUAAUGCCAAGGGAAAAAACCUGAAUGCUGCAAUGACAAUGCAAGAAGCUAAGGCAUAUGUUGGACAAAGUAUUUGCAAAAUAAGUACAUUGACAUUAACGGAUUUAUACUGUGUUCCGCCUGAAGAGCAGCCUCAACCCCGAAGACGCCAUAAGAGGGACACCACAGACAAUUUGCCAGAAUUUACGGUUCAGUUUGGGAACCGAGAAUGGGUGCUGGGAAAAGUAGAAUAUGGACAGUCACCAGUAAUACCUCUGCAUACCAUUAUUCCUGUGAUCCUCAUACCAAUGAUUUUAAUCAUUGUUAUAUCUAUCUAUUUCUACCGGAGAAAGAGUCGGCAGGCGGAGAGGGAGUAUGAGAAAGUCAAGCAACAACUGGAAGGAUUAGAGGAAAGUGUCAGAGACCGCUGCAAGAAGGAAUUCACAGAUCUCAUGAUUGAGAUGGAAGAUCAGACCAGUGACCUCAAUGAAGCUGGUAUUCCAUUUUUGGAUUACAAGACCUAUACAGACAGGGUUUUCUUCUGGCCAUCAAAAGAUGGAGAAAAAGACGUGAUGAUCACCGGCAAAUUGGACAUUCCAGAAGCAAGACGCCAAAUUGUAGAGCAGGCUCUUAACCAGUUUUCUAAUCUCCUGAACAGCAAGUCUUUCCUGACUAUUUUCAUCCAUACUCUAGAAAAACAGAAAGGCUUCUCUGCCAGGGAAAAGCUUUACUUUGCCUCGCUGCUAACGGUUGCCUUGCAUGGGAAACUAGAAUACUACAGCGACAUAAUGAGAACCUUAUUUGUAGAGUUAAUGGAACAGUACGUGGCCAAGAAUCCCAAACUGAUGCUCAGAAGAUCAGAAACAGUCGUUGAACGAAUGCUUUCAAACUGGAUGUCUAUUUGCUUAUAUCAGUAUUUAAAGGACACAGCUGGUGAACAUCUAUUCAAACUCUUUAAGGCAAUCAAACAUCAAGUGGAGAAGGGCCCUGUGGAUGCAGUGCAAGUUAAAGCUAAAUACACCCUGAAUGAUACAGGAUUACUGGGGGAUGAUGUGGAGUACAUGCAACUGACUGUUAACGUCAUUGUGCAGGAUGAGGGAUUAGAGCCUGUGCAAGUUAAAGUAUUAAACUGUGACACCAUUGCACAAGUUAAGGAAAAAAUUGUCGAGCAGGUUUACAAACAUCUUCCUUACACACAGAGACCAAAAGCAGACAGCUUAGCACUGGAGUGGAGACCUGGAUCAACCGCACAAAUACUUUCUGAUUUGGAUCUAACCUCACAGAAAGAAGGUAGAUGGAGGCGGAUUAAUACAUUAAUGCAUUACAAUGUUCGGGAUAAUGCCACACUUAUUUUAUCAAGGAUUGGAAUUUCUCAGCAACAAGAAGAGAAUCAUCAAGACUUUCCAGGAGAAAAGCAUGCGCUGCUAGAAGAUGAAAACAAAGUAUGGCAUCUUGUACGACCAGCAGAUGAAGUAGAUGAAGGCAAAUCCAAGAGAGGAAGUAUGAAGGCGAAAGAGCAAACAAAGGCCAUUACAGAAAUCUACCUGACAAGGCUUCUCUCUGUUAAGGGUACGCUCCAGCAAUUUGUAGAUAACUUUUUCCAGAGUGUCCUCAACUCCAAUCAAGUGGUACCGCCAGCUGUGAAAUAUUUCUUUGACUUUUUGGAUGAACAAGCUGAGAAAUACGACAUUAAAGAUGAAGAUACUGUUCACAUAUGGAAAACAAACAGCCUAUCGUUAAGGUUUUGGGUUAACAUACUGAAGAACCCUCACUUCAUCUUUGAUGUACACGUCCACCAAGUAGUAGAUGCAUCCUUGUCAGUCAUUGCACAGACCUUCAUGGAUGCAUGUAGCAGGACGGAGCACAAGCUGAGCAGAGAGUCACCCAGCAACAAAUUACUUUACGCAAAAGAGAUCUCCACAUACAAGAAAAUGGUGGAAGACUAUUAUAAAGGAAUCCGUCAGAUGGUACAAGUCAGUGACCAGGACAUGAACACACACUUAGCAGAAAUUUCAAGGGCACAUACAGAAUCACUAAACACGCUCGUAGCACUACAUCAGCUGUAUCAGUAUACAAAGAAAUAUUAUGAUGAGAUUAUAAAUGCUCUAGAAGAGGAUCCAUCAGCACAGCGCAUGCAGUUAGCAAUCCGGCUACAACAGAUCGCAGCCGCCCUAGAAAAUAAAGUCACCGACUUAUGAUUGGGAAUAUUCAGACAAGCAAAAAAGAUGUUGACAGUUUUUCUUCCUAAGGAAUAGAGUGUUAUAUUUUUAAAAUGUCAUUUUUGCAUUUUUUAAUUAGACCUUUUUUGUCUUGCACAACAUACAGAGGAAAAAUGUUUUUAAUGUAAAUUAUGCCUCAAAUGAAACCUGUGUUAUAUGUGGGGAGGGACAUUUUUUUAUAGCUCAUGUAAUUAUACAAUGCUGUCAACAACGUUGACGUUUUAAAAUUUCAUUAUGCAAACAUAACUAAAUUUGUAGCGUCAUUUCAAGUAAAGCAAUAUUUGGAAUAAGCAAUCAUUUCACUGCAUUAGGAUAUUGCGUCCCCUAGGUGUCCCCAUGCUUUCUGUUUCAGUAACUGAACAAGUCCUGUGAACGUCUCAUAGACCUUUUUCAUUGUCCACAAAGUGCCACAAGGGAUAUUGCAGUGCAUGGCAUUGCUGCCCAGCUUUUAAUGAGUUCUGAAAAGCUGCCAAUGGAUGUGAAACUAAAGGAAGCACAAAUGAAUCCACUUUUUUUAUUAUUGUUCUGAAAAUUAUUUUAUAGAAAUAUACAUUCUAAUGUGCCUUACAUGUACCAGUUAAUAAGAGACUGAAGAUACAUGAUUUUGUUAAAAAAAAGAAUAUAGAUUUAUUUAUCGCUGAUUUUUUUUUUUUGUUUUUUUUGUUUUUUCUUGUGACCAAAUGUAAUUAUUUGUGUGUCAAUUAAGUACAAGUUGACAUGAUUAUGUAAAGAUUUAAUAUGUUUAUCUUGUAUUAAAAUGUUACAGAAUGUUUCAUCUGAUUCUGGUAGCAUAGUCAAACAAAAGCACCUUUAAUAUUGUAUUUGUACAUUAGGAAUGUAUACUGCAAUAUGUGAUCUUAGACCACAGCCAACAUCCAAUUGUACACAUCGGUACUCAAUAAAGAGUCUCACAUCUCAUAAUCUUGA